AUGUCAGACAUGGAGAGGUGUGAGCCUUUGCUUGCCACAGCCUGUAGGAUCAGUUUCACGUGGGAUCAGUUUCACGUGGCCAGCAGCAGCAUCUGGUCAACCUCAUUCCAGAGCGGCACAGUCACAAGUGAAGGAUGCCGCUGUCAAAUCCGAGAAUGUCAACCACUGAACAGCUAUGGAUCAAAUGAAAACCAGGAAUUCUAUGUCAUGGACCCACUAGACAAGGGACCUUCCUUGGUACAAAAGGAUAAGAAAUGUGGAUUUGUUCCCUGGGAUAUUCACGUUAGAUGCUCACUACAUCAUCGGCGUAAGAGCUCAGACCUCAACACACAGGACUCUCGAUGCAGAGAGAAUGAGCUUAAGCCCCUUCUGCAGACAGACGCGGUCUCUGUGCAGGAUGUCCGCUUAGAUCUUAAGACCCUUCAUAGGAAAACCAUGAAUGAUACAACCAGACUAACAGGCCAGGAAACAGCCUCCAGGAAGGACAGCCUGCCACAGGUUACAAGGACAAUGAAACUUGCAGGAUACACUCAUGAUGUUGACCUCCCUAGCUUAGCUGGACUCAUGGUGCUGCAGGGAGACCUGAAGCCCAUACGAGGCCCCAGCAUCACAUCUGCCAAGCUCCCCACGGGGCUCAGGUCUCUGUGUGAAGAUGAUGUAGAUGGUCCCAUGAGAUGGCUGUUCAAACAGCUCAUUGCAGGUUAUGCCAUUGAUCAGUUUUCCAGGCCUGCUCCUGGAGACACCUCCCAGCAGGCGGAGGAACUGCGUGGAUUGCUGGAUGAUGGUAAUGAUGAUGAUAAUGGUGGUAGUGAUGAUUAUGAUGAUGAUGAUGAUGGGAGAGGUAAUAGAGAUAAUGGUGAUGAGGAUGAUGACGGUGAGGAUGGUGAUGAUGAUGAUAAUGGUGGUAGUGAUGAUGAUAAUGGGAGAGGUAAUGGAGAUGAUGGUGAUGAUGGUGAGGAUGAUGAUGAUGGUAAGGGUGAUGAUGAUGAUGGGAGAGGCAAUGAAGAUGAUGGUGAUGGUGGUGAUAAUGGAGAUGAUGACGGUGAUGAUAAUGAUGGUGGUAGUGAUGAUGAUAAUGGGAGAGGUAAUGGAGAUAAUGGUGAUGAGGAUGAUGACGUGAAGAAGGUGCCCGCAGUGCUUGUAACAAAACAGUCUGUGGCCGGUGCCGUUCAGAUCCCAACUUGGUAUAAAAGCCAUGCCUCGGAGGAAACAGAACAUCGUCCCUGCUCGGUGACCAAGGUCUACCCGGCACGGAGCCCUCAGAUAAUGUCUGCUAAACAUCUCCUUGAAGAGUGUGAUGUUGGAGGUGAAUUCAGCAUCUGGGAGGAAUUUAGUCAGGAUGUGACAUUCACCAGACUGAACACAGCAGCUGUGGCGUUUGGAAAGGGCAGCUCCAAGUCCAGAUGGAACUGCAAAACAGGACCAAAAAAUAUGAUUAAAGAAGCCGAAUGCAAGAAGAGGGCCCCGUGGGUAAAGCAGGCUGUUCACGAAAACGCCAGCGUUUUUAUCACCAUCGAUACCAUCUCCGCUCUUUGCUCCACUCCCCCGACGAUCCUGGCUUCCCCCAGCAGGAUAAUUACUGGCCUGAAAUUGAUUAUCGUCAUCACCAUCAUAACCGUCACCAUCAUCACCAUCACUAGCAUCUUUGCCAUGAUCAUCAUCACCAUCACCAUCAUUGCCAUCACACCAUCACUAGCAUCUUUGCCAUGGUCAUCAUCACCAUCACCAUCAUUGCCAUCAGCAUCAUCUUCACCAUCAUCCUCCUCAUCAUCACCAUCACCAUUAUCACCUUUGCCACUACCAUCAUCACCAUCAUCUUCACCAUCGUCGUCCUCAUCACCAGCUCUGGGGCACUGUAGUACCCACCAGCUCCGGGGGCCGAACCCAUACGACGCUGGAAUCAUCUUACAGAUCCACGGGGCCACAGCUCCAUGGCGACCUUGCUGCCCAGGCGAGGUGCCCAUCAUGCUAGCUUCCUCGGGAGCGUGCUGCCUUCGGAGACCCACGAGGUGCGGUGCUGAGACUGGACACAUCCCAGCAAAAGCAGCUGCUCACUGUGACCCUGGCUGUGACUCCAAAACCCCUAAGCACAGAGGGAGACGCGCCAACAGUGCCCAGACAAGCUGGCUUUCCACGCCGCAGGUCCCUGUGAGUCUGUUCUACAGCGGCCAUCCAUCCCCGUCCAGCAAGGGCCCUUUCCAUGAGAAAAGGCUUGACCCUGAGGUCAAGCGCAGGUGCCAACCACCCCAGCAAGCCCCUUGGAUCCUGCCCCCACAGGAGCCCUGGAAUCCACUGCCACGUCGCGCCUGGCAUGCUAAUUCUGGGUGUCGGAGACUCUGCGGUCUUGCAGACAGCACUCGCCCAUUUAUUCACUCUCCGAGAGGCCACGGUGCUCCCCGUGGCCGCAUCCAGAGGUUCACCGGCCACGUGCCCUUCUCCCUACUGAGCUGUACCCACAUCUGCGGGUACCACCAAGACAGCCUGCUAGCCUCCGAGGCACUGGGGCUGCGGUCAGCACAACGGCCUGGCCACGUUCUCCUAGGAGACGCCUGA